AUGUCGCGGAAAAUUAUCCAAUCUCUCUUGUCUCAUGAACAAAAUGAAGGUGUAGGAGCCCGUGUUCGUCGAAGUAUUGGACGGCCCCAGCUACGAAAUUUAGAUCCAUUUUUAAUGCUGGAUGAAUUUAAAGUGAGUAAACCUGCUGGAUUUCCCGAUCAUCCUCAUCGAGGUUUCGAAACGGUGACCUAUGUACUUAAUGGUGUUUUUUCUCAUGAAGACUUCUGUGGUCAUUCGGGCACUCUUCGUCCAGGAGACUUACAAUGGAUGACUGCUGGUCGCGGCAUCGUUCAUGCGGAAAUGCCCGCUUCUGAUAAUGAACCUGGACAUGGACUCCAACUGUGGAUUAAUCUACCUAAGGAAUAUAAGAUGUCCAAUCCAACCUAUCAAGAAUUGAAAAAGAAAGAAAUACCAACUGCAUCUAAGGACGGAGUACAUGUGGCUGUCAUUGCAGGAGAAGCACUUGGAAAAAAAGCUAAAGUAAGAACUCGUACACCAACCAUGCUUUUCGAUUUUCGGCUUGAUAAAGGAGCAAAAUUUUCUCAGCCUGUGACGGAAGGUUGGAACGGAUUCGUAUAUGUCCUUAGUGGAAAUGCCUAUUUUGGGCCUGCUAAUGCACAGACUAAAGGCGAGGCUCAUUAUACUCUUGUCCUUGGUGAGGGCAAUAGCCUCGAAUUCGAAAACAAGGAAUCUGAAUCUUGUCACUUUGUUUUGAUUGCUGGGCGGCCUAUAAAGGAGCCUGUUGCACAUUAUGGACCUUUCGUCAUGAAUACUGAUGAGGAACUUCAGCAAGCAAUUUCUGACUUCAGAAGCGCAAAGAAUGGAUUUGAAAAUGCAAAAAAUUGGCGCUCAAAAAUUGGAAAUAGUAGUUAA